AUGGCGCAGGAAAGUGUGAAAGUGGUGGUUCGCUGCCGGCCCAUGAACGCCAGAGAAAAGGAGGAAAAGUGCCAAACGAUCGUGAGCAUCGACGGUUCUGCGGGCCAGUGCUCCCUGCUGAAUCCCGCAGACCGUGGAGCGCCGCCGAAAUGCUUCACCUUCGACGGCGCUUACGACGUCGACUCGACCACGGAGCAGAUCUACUUCGACAUCGUGUACCCCAUCGUAGAGAGCGUCAGCGAAGGGUACAACGGCACCGUGUUCGCCUACGGGCAGACAGGCUGCGGCAAGUCGUUCUCGAUGCAAGGCUGCAGGCUCCCACAGCAGUCCAAACAGAAGGGCAUCAUACCACGAGCGUUCGAGCACAUCUUCGAAGCAAUCGCGGCGGCGGACGCUUCGAAGUACCUGGUGCACGCGUCCUACCUUGAAAUUUACAACGAAGACAUCCGGGACCUUCUAGCCGAUGAUCCCAAGAAGAAAGUAGACCUAAAAGAACAUCCGGACAAGGGAGUCUACGUGCCGGGGCUCUCGCUGCACCCGGUGCAAGACGUGCAGUCGUGCGAAGCAGUCAUGGAGCGCGGCUGGAAAAACCGGUCCGUGGGCGCCACCCUGAUGAACGCGGACUCGUCCCGGAGUCACUCGGUUUUCACCAUACACCUGGAGCAGAUGGAACUCACCGGCCGCAAGUGCAUCCGCUCCGGGAAGCUCAACCUCGUCGACCUCGCGGGAAGUGAACGGCAAGCCAAGACAGGUGCAACGGGCGAACGCCUACGAGAGGCGACCAAGAUCAACCUGUCUUUGUCGGCACUUGGCAACGUAAUCUCAGCCCUGGUGGACGGCCGCAGCAAGCACAUCCCAUACCGGGACUCGAAACUGACCAGGCUGCUGCAAGACUCCCUGGGGGGCAAUACCCGCACCCUGAUGUUGGCCUGCCUGUCACCGGCCGACUCCAACUACGACGAGACGCUGAGCACGCUCCGCUACGCGAACCGAGCCAAGAACAUCCAGAACAGGCCCUGCGUCAACGAGGAUCCCAAGGACGCUCUGCUGAGGGAGUACCGAGAAGAGCUAGAGAGGCUCAAGCAGCUGCUGACAGGGCGGAACUUCAGAGCAUCCAGGGAACACACUCCGCCCGAUGAAGCGAAUAUUGCACUACAGAAUAAAAAACAAUACGAGGCCCAGAUGGAGGAGCUUCGGAACAGGUGCCUCCAGGAACAAGAGAGCAAGGCCAAGCUGGAGAUGCACGUGGAGCAACUUCGGAGUCAGUACGAGUCGCAGCUACGAGGGCUGCGGGAGAACGCCUGGCAAAAACCCGAGAUGAACAACAACGACAUAAAAUCGUCGAAAGAGGAAGAACUCGUCGUUGUGUCUGCCUUGUCGCCCGAGCCCUCCGACAUCAGGGCACCGAAUGCCUCACCCUCGGACGACACGCAACCUAGCCCCACAACAAUGGCCCAGAUGCAAGCAAAAGCCCUUGAAAGGCUGCAGGAGCUGCAGGAGAAGAUGCUGGGCGGCGAGAAGAAGCACGACGCCGAGCUCAAAGAGAGGCGAGCCAAGCGCAAGAGCUUCGCUGAAAAGAGGAUACGUGCACUGGCAGAAGCCCUAGCCAAGGUCGAUGAUGAGGACCGGACGCUGCUUCCUGACUACGAAGACAUCAACGCCGAGCUCAAGAUAAAGUCUUCGCUGGUCAAGAAGGCAAAGAAAAAGAUUCAGGCCCUGGAGCAAGAAGUCAGGGACUUGCAGACGGAGUUCGAGGCCGACCGCACCGACUACCUGGAAACAAUAAGGCGGCAGGACCAGCAGCUGAGGCUGCUGGGUCAGAUCCUCGAGAAGGUGCAGCCGUGCAUCAGGAGGGACUCCAAUUACGCCAAUCUGGAACUCGUCAAGGCCCAAAGCGUCUGGGACCAGGAUGCCCAAAAAUGGAGGCUACCGGAGCUCAGCAUCCAGAGGACCAAGCUGCCUCCCACAGGUGUACAUCCCGGCGGGCGGGUGUUGCAGAACGGCGGAGAAAUGCCCACCAUCGUGACAAAUUAUUUCGAAGCGACCUCCGAUGAAAACGGCCGAGAGGGACCAGGAAAGAGUAGAAAGGAAGACUUCGUCAACCAUAUAUUCAAGAAAACAAACAGACAAGAAGAGCUGCUCAACGAAAUCCCGGAUCGGUUUUCGCCCGCCUCAACGAGCAGCUCCUUCUCCAGCCUGCUGAAGGCCAAGCAGAUCUCUAACAGGCUCGCCAACGGCGUCAACCUCCCGACAGACAUCCGCACCAGCCGAUCCCUGCCCACGACGAGCACGGGCAAGUUUGCGAACCUCUCCCUGAGCUCGGAAGCUCUCAACAGAAAACCCCUCAGGCUCGAGUCUCUGAACCUGGACGAAGGGCCCCAGAGCUCGAGCCCCCUGCGUUUGGAGACUCUUCAUUUGUCUACGGGAAGGACGGAGCCUCCCAGGCGACGGUUCGCCGAGCUGCUCGACUGGCCCGCCUGACAGCAAGAGUGCUCCGACUCGGGACAGUGCAGGGUGUUCACUCGUCUGCCACCGAUCAAGGCAGUCGACGAGCUCAGCAGUGAUUGAUGAUUAUG